AUAUUUUAGAUCAUUUUACUUGCGAAUAAGUGAAAAAAUUUUAAAGUAUUCCGAGAAUAAGAGUCAAAGAAGAAACAUCCAUAAUUAUAAAUAUCCCUUAAAAAAAUAUGCACCAACUCGUAAUAAAAGAUGUGUGCGAUGCCAUACAUUACCUUCUUUCAGAAUGAGAGGUACACUCUCUAUGUGUACGUAUAUACAUACACAAUCCGCGGCUAGCGUAGGCGGGAUACGCCGAUAGACUCGCGUGCGAGCGCGAGCGGCGCGCCGUUAGCCGUUACUCGUCGAUGGUCCACGGCGAAGUGAGCUCACGCGUCGUCCAGCAUCCCGAUCCCCUGGAGAGUUAUUGGGAGAUGCACGAUCGAUAACGCGAUCGUUCGACGAUCGUGGUGAAUCUCGUCGAUGGACGCGCUGGCUAACCUCAAAAAAAAUUUUUGAUUCCUAUUGGAUUUUAUGAACGGUGAGAAAGUUUAGUGAGUGUUCGGACAGAAAGAGAGAGAGAGAGAGAGAUAUCUCUUUUCGAGGCUAAGAUGAGAGCGUGCGCGAUAUGGGCUCCUCUGUUACUUGUGGGAAGCUGCGUCGUCCUUGCCGAUCCCGAAGCCGAUCCUUCCGAGGAGCUGUUCAAUCGGCUGCAGCAACCUAAGAUUCGCAAUGAGGACAAGUGUUACGAUGAGAACGGCAGACCGCAGAGAUGCAUACCGCCGUUCGAAAACGCGGCUUUUAACGUCCUGAUGGAGGCAACCAACACAUGUGGCGAGGACCAUCCUAUCGAAUUCUGCAAACAGACGGGUGUACAGAAGAAGUCAUGUGAAAUUUGUCGGCGUGGCGAUCACUCAGCUUCCUUCCUUACUGAUCACGACAAUAAUGACAAUGCCACUUGGUGGCAAUCGGACACCAUGUACGAAGGCAUCGAAUAUCCUAAUCAGGUCAAUCUCACCCUUCAUCUAGGCAAGACAUUCGAUAUAACAUAUGUUAGAGUGCUAUUCGAGUCACCACGGCCGGAAAGUUGGGGCAUCUACAAGCGGAAAAACGAGAAGUCACCGUGGGAGCCUUAUCAAUUUUAUUCAGCAACGUGUCGAGAUACAUAUGAGUUACCCGAGUCUAAAGAAACCAUUCGUGGUGAUGACACGCGCGUGCUAUGCACUUCGGAAUUCUCUGACAUCUCCCCACUCACUAAAGGCAUCGUCGCUUUUUCGACUUUGGAAGGCCGACCAUCUGCUUAUUACUUUGAAACCAACCCCGAACUUCAGGAAUGGGUACAAGCGACAGAUUUGAGGAUCACUCUGGACAGAUUAAACACAUUUGGCGAUGAAGUUUUUGGCGACGCGCAAGUACUGAAAUCUUAUUACUAUGCAAUAGCCGAUGUAGCGGUCGGUGCAAGAUGCGCUUGCAAUGGCCACGCCGGAGAAUGCGUAAAUAGUACCAGUGUCGACGGUAGAACUCGCAGAGUUUGCCGAUGCGAGCACAAUACCGCUGGUCCAGACUGCAAUGAGUGCUUACCCUUUUACAACGACGCUCCUUGGGGUCGUGCGAAAACUACAGAUGCACACGAAUGCAAACCUUGCAACUGCAAUGGAUACUCGGACAGAUGUUACUUCGACAAGGAACUGUACAAGGCAACGGGUCACGGAGGUCAUUGUUUGGAUUGUCGAGCGAAUCGCGAUGGUGCCAAUUGCGAGCGGUGUCGGGAAAAUUACUAUCAACGUCCUGAAGAUGAUUAUUGCGUUGCGUGCAACUGCAACGAGAUUGGUUCGAGAAGCCUACAAUGCAAUAGCGAGGGUAAAUGUCAAUGUAAACCUGGCGUGACAGGGGAUAAAUGUGAUCGUUGCGCAGCCAACUUUUACAAUUUUGUCUCGCUGGGCUGCACUUCCUGCGAAUGUAGCCUAGCGGGUUCAGCGGGCAACAUUCCUAACUGUGAUCCUGUCACUGGAGUUUGUGUUUGCAAGGAAAAUGUCGAGGGAAAACGUUGUAGGGAAUGUCGACCAGGUUUCUUCAAUCUAGCAGUGGACAACGAGUUCGGCUGUACUCCCUGUUUCUGCUACGGACAUUCCUCGGUCUGUCGACCGGCGACCGGUUACUCAAAAGUAUUCAUUGAAAAUAUGUUUGUGCGAGGAAACGAGCGCUGGUCUGCAUCCGUGGCCGGUAAUCCGAUUCCAAUGUAUUAUGAUGCAUUGACUCAGACAAUCUCCGUCAACGCGCUUGAUCGCGACAACGUGUACUUCCUCGCGCCCGAUAGAUUUUUGGGAGACCAGCGAGCGUCGUAUAAUCAAGACUUGUCAUUUAUAUUGAGGAUAGGAGAAACUGGUCCGGCUCCUACGGCUCGCGAUGUAAUUUUAGAGGGUGGAAACGGCGAGCAGAUCACGCAACCAAUCUUCGGUCAAAAUAAUCGCUUACCGACUGUCACACCUCAAGAGUAUCGUUUCAGAUUACACGAGCAUUCCGGCUACGGUUGGCAACCUCGAUUGUCUUCUCGAGCCUUUAUGUCAAUUUUGUCAAACUUGACCGCCAUAAAAAUCCGCGGGACGUAUACUCAUCAGGGCCGAGGAUUUUUAGACGACGUAAAAUUGGAGACGGCUCAUCGCGGCGCAGCCGGUGAGCCAGCCGAUUGGGUGGAGCAUUGCCAGUGUCCUCAUGGCUAUGUCGGUCAGUUUUGUGAGUCAUGUGCGCCCGGAUUCCAUCAUGAUCCGCCCAACGGCGGUCCCUUUGCCCUUUGCGUCCCUUGCAACUGCAACGGUCACGCCGACAUUUGCGAGGCCGAGACAGGACAAUGCAUCUGUCAGCAUAAUACUGCAGGCAGUAAUUGUGAGUUAUGUAGUAGGGGAUAUUAUGGUUAUCCAUUGAAAGGAACUCCGGACGAUUGCAAAUCGUGUCCUUGUCCUGAUAAUGGACCUUGCAUUCUUCUGGGCAAUAACCCUGAUCCUAUUUGCUCAGAAUGUCCUAGUGGUAGAACUGGACCUAGAUGUGAAACAUGUUCUGAUGGUUAUUAUGGGAAUCCUGAAAGAGGUUUGGCUUGCCGUCCUUGCGAUUGCAAUAACAAUAUUGACUUAAAUGCAGUUAGAAAUUGUAAUCACGAAACAGGAGAAUGUCUCAAAUGUGUCAACAACACAGCAGGCUUUCAUUGUGAAGAAUGCCUAUCUGGAUAUUACGGAGACGCAUUGUCGGAUCGCAAGGAAGAUGGAUGUAAAUUAUGUCAAUGUUAUCCACCGGGAACUUUAGAACUUGACGAUGGAAGAGUUGCGCCUUGCGAUCAAUUGACGGGACACUGUGCUUGCAAGCCACACGUCGUAGGUCGUAAUUGUGACAAGUGCGAGGAAGGUUACUAUCAUAUCAUGAGCGGAGAGGGUUGCACACCUUGUAAUUGUGAUCUCGAAGGUUCUUACAAUCGAACCUGUGAUCCAAUAACGGGUCAAUGUCAAUGCCGACCCGGAGUCACAGGUCAACAUUGCGAUGCUUGUGAACCCUAUCAGUACGGAUUCAGUCGUGAAGGUUGCAAAUCUUGCGACUGUGACAGCAUCGGCUCUCAGGACUUACAGUGCGAUGCAAAUGGACAGUGUCCUUGUUUAACGAACGUUGAGGGCAGACGUUGCGAUCGUUGUAAGGAGAACAAGCACAAUCGUCAGCAUGGCUGCGUUGAUUGUCCCGAUUGUUAUAAUCUUGUACAAUCGGCAGUCAAUGAUCAUCGACGACGUUUGGCUGAGCUCGAAAAUACUCUCUACAAGAUCAACAGCAGUCCCACUGUCAUCAAAAAUUCGGACUUCGAAAAAGAGCUCAAAAAUGUCCAAGAUAGAGUAAAAGCAUUAUUGACUAUUGCCAAGCAAGGAUCUAGCAGCAAUAAUAAAACGUUGGUGGAACAGCUGGACGAGCUGCGUGAACAAUUAAAUACAAUUGACAAGAUCUAUCAGACCGUGGAUGUGACAGCAAGUGAUGCACGUGAUAUAACAGAAGAAGGUUUGAUAAAUAUUGAUGAAGCAGAGAAGGUAUUGGAUAAAAUCUAUGAGCAAUUAACGGAAGCGGAAGAUUACUUGGCUACGGAUGGAGCUAGCGCUUUGACUGCUGCUAAAUUGCGUGCCGAACAAGUCGGCCAGCAAAAUCAGCAAAUGACAUCUAUUGCACAGGAAGCUCGCCUACUUGCUGAUGUAAAUACCAACGAAGCUAAAAAACUCCGUAUGCUAGCGGAACAAGCGCGAAAUACGACAUUAGAAGCUUACAAUCUCGCAAAGCAAGCGAUAUCACAAUAUUCUAAUAUAACGGAUGAAAUUAGGGGUUUGGAGAACAAGUUGGCACAAUUGGAGGAUCGUAUAGACGAAGUGAAAAAUCUUACUGCUAUCGCAGCUGCUAAAUCCUCUGCUGUCUCUCAAGAAGCGUUAGAUUUGCUAAUUCUUGAUCUAACACUUCCUACAGUCGAUCUCGAGCAAUUGCGACAACAAGUAGAAACUGUCAGCAAUGAGGGUGUAAGGAUAAAAGAACAAGCACAACUCUUAUUGGAACAAAACGAGAAUUUCAUCAAAGAAAUGUCCGAAAAAGUUAAAAACAGCGAAGAACUUCUAGAUCGAGCUCAAGAUCAACAAGCUGCCACGGCCGAGCUUCUAGCUGAGUUAGACGAAGCCAACGAAACGGCGAAUGACGCCGUUAAACGUGGUGAUCAGACCCUGAAAGAAGCUCAGGAAACCUUGAAGAAAUUAGGAGAAUUUGACGCUGAGGUACAACGCGAACGCGUUAAGGCUCAGGAUGCUUUGGAGGACAUUCAAAUUAUUGAAGAAUUGAUUGAUAAUGCUAACAUACAAGCUAAAGAGGCAGAGAGAGUGUUAAACGGAUCAGAGGGUAACGCUAAAAGCUCGCGCGAAAUAGCACAAAACGCUCAGACUUAUGCAGAUAAAGCAAGCGCCAAUGCGAACGACAUUAGAAUAGAGGCGAAUAAAACCAAAAUUGAAGUUCUACGGCUUGGAAACGAAGCCGAAAAGUUACAUCUCAGAGUUGAUACUACAGAUUCGAUGAUGAGGCAAUACGAGACCCAAAUGAUUAAAGAUGCCAAUGUCACCGCUGAGGCGAACCAUAAAGUGGGCCAAGCAAAGACCAACGUUACUCUCGCGUCGCAACAAGUUGACAAGGCCUUAUCCGAUGUGGCCGCAAUUAUUAGAGAGCUCGAGAAUUUACCAGAAAUCGAUGACGUCGACUUGAAUCGUCUAGAAGAACGCCUAUUCACCGCCGAGAAAGAAAUUAAAGCCGCAAAUUUAGAUCAGCGGAUCCGAGCCUUGAUAGAGGCAAAAAAUUUGCAGACACAAUGGGUUAAAAAUUACGAAGAUGAAGUUAGCCGGCUGCGAAUCGAAGUGGAGAAUAUCGAUGAUAUUCGAAAGGCUUUACCAACUGAUUGUUAUCAGCGCGUUCGUUUAGAGCCUUGAAAUUAAUCUUCUUACGUCAUAUCAAACACAUUUUUGCAUAAGUUUUUAAAAAUAUUUUAAGCCAUAUAAAACAUUUUUUAAAUCCUAUGUAUCCUUAGCAUUAAUUAAGAAUCGAGAAUCUUUAGCUAGAUCGUUAAAAGUUAUUUCUUUUUUUUAGAAAAGAUAUUAAGAUUUUAUAACUCUAAAGAAAUUAUUUAUAAAGAUAAUAGACUCUUGAUUUUUCAACGAUAAGUUUUUUAAAUAAUCUCAAUUUUAAAUACUCGAUGAUGAUUUACAUAGAUUCUUACUGGUAAAGAUUUUUGUGAUACGAGAAUAUUAUUAGAAACUUUUCUUUUUUAGAAUAUAUUUAAUAUGCAUAUAUUUCCAUAUAUUUCAAGUAGAUGUGUUUUUUUAAAUUUGAAGUUGCAAGUCUCUUAAAUCAUCUACUUAAUAAUUAAAAAAAUUUACAUGAUAGACUAGAGACAAAUUCUAUGCACAUGAUGGCAAUAAUAAACGCGUUUUAUACCAAAGAUUUUUUAUAGUAUAUAUAUUGGGAUUUAUAUUGUCAUUUAUCGUUCGAUUAGCAUAUAUUAUAUUUGUUAUAAUUGAUUACUAAUUAUGUAUAAAUAUGUAUAUAGAUCUGUAUACAUUUAUAACACAUAACUGCCACGUUAAUACAUUAUCUAAGAUGAUGUAGAAUUUAAGAGAGCAAUGUCAGGUGCUCGUAUGUCAAUUUUAAAAGUGUUCUUUGGAUUUUCAAAAGUAAUAGAAUAUUUUGGAAUAUAAAAUAUCUAUGAAUAACAAAAAUAGUAAAAGAUUUUGUAAAAUAAUAAGAUUACAAAUAUAUAAGAAAAUUAUUAAGAGAAAAUAAGAAACAACAAUUAAAAUACACAUUUUUAUCUUAAAAUAAGGAUAAAAUAAUAGAAAAUUUCAUUUUCUCGUAUAGCAGUGGUUGAAAAAAAAAAACUAAAUGCAAAAUAUAUAUAAACGAUUUAAGAUUAUACUAUCAUUUUUAUAGCACUUUUUUGCUAUCAACUAUUAUCUAUGUAGCUAAACUUUGAGAUUCAUAAUCAAGUUUAGCUCGUGUCAAUCAUAUUUUUACAUAUAGACAAGAUAGAUAAGAUGAAAGUGCAUUUUUAUACAAACUUUAAACGUUAUAAACUGUAUCGUUUGAAGGCAAUAAAUAUCUUAAAA